AUGAAUACUAUCUCUUUAUUUAUUACUUUUCUAGUGUUCCUGCUAGUAUCAGGUUCUUCACAAGCGAUAACUCAAUGUUAUUUCGAUAAAAAUGUUAAUUCAUGUAAAUCUGUAAAUGCUCGAAUGCAUUGUCCAUCGAUUGAAGAGUGUUUAUCCACUUUCGGAGAUUCCUAUGGAACCUAUGAAGUUAUCAUUCAAGAUGGAAACUAUAAUAGUGAGGAUUGUCCAGGUCUAAUCGAAGCUCCAAUCUCAAUGAACGGUUCUCUAACCUUUAAAACACCAACUGUCGAUAAAUAUGCAAAUUUCAAUUGUGGAGAUAGUCAAUUUAUUAGUAUUAAUUUACAAAAUUAUAUGGUUUUGAAUUUUACUAAUUUGAUUCUAUCGGGAUCAUCACAAGACAGAGGUGGAUGUGUUGCGAUUUACGUCGGUGAUCAAGAAGCCACUGUAUACUUUACCAAUGUAAAAUCGAUUCACGGUUGUACCUCGCAAAGGGAGGGUGGAUUCCUCUACUCACAGGCAAUCCGAAACAUUUUUUAUAAUUCCUAUAUCGCCAACUGCCAAUCUCAAUAUUCAGAUGGUGGAGCUAUCCACGCCAACAUCACUUAUCUCUUCUCCAGUACCUUUGAGAACAAUGUGGCUGCACAAUCGGGAGGUGUCGCUGCCGGUUCCAAGAUCUUUUCUUCCAACUCUAAUUUCAUUGGCAACAGUGCGCAAGACGGUGGUUGUCUCAGUGCCACCACAGUAAUGUCGGUUUUCAAUAGCAGCCUAAUCUCUAAUAGCGCCAUUAAUACCGGUGGAGCGUUGUAUGCCACCUGCUAUCUCACCAUCGAUGUCUCCACCUUUGAAAAUUGUUCGGCAUCCAAUGGAGGAGCUAUCUACGUCGAGUCGGGAAUGACCAUUUUCAACAGCGUUUUCGAUAGUAACCAAGCAUUGUACGAGGGAUCGGGUGGAGCAAUCUUCUUUCAGUCACUCGAUAACACCUCUAUCUCUGUCUUCACAACAAACUUCACCAAUAAUUGGUCCGGUGGUAAAGGAGGUGUUAUAUUCAUUGACUCUGGUUCGCUCUACUUGCAACAGACUAUCUUUAAGAAUAACAGUGCAGUCGAUUCCGGUGGUAUUAUCUACGGAGUGAACGGUCCAAAUCUUCAAGUUUUCAAUAUUUUCACUUCUCAAUUCAACGAUAGUUAUUCUGGAAAUAAUGGUGGUGUAAUGUGUUCAGAGCAAAGAUAUGAAGAUGAGGAAAUUGUAAUUAAUUUGUUGGGAUCAACUUUCAAUGGUAAUACAGCAUCGAAUUAUGCAGGUGGUAUCUACUUUGAACAGAUGCCACAAUCUUUGAUUGGUGGUAUCUUUUCCAACUCCAAGAGCUCAGAAAAGCUCUCCAGCACUUUUUACUCGAAUUCUAUUUUACAAGCAGACAUUGUAAAUGUCACCAAUACCGAUAGUACUACUCUUUAUCAAGUUCCAAUCUAUAUUGAGUCAUCUUUUGAAUAUUGGAAAGCAAUUGGUGUACAAGGAGAAUGUUACGAUGGUUAUGCCACAAUCGAUGAAUUUGGUAAUGUAUUAACUUGUAAAUGCUUCCCACCUGCUCAAGGAUCAACCUGUCAAUUAAAUUAA